UCGAAGUUGGAAAGCUCUAGAGGAGCCUGUGCAGGGUUGGGAGGAGCCAGAGAGAGUGAAUUGGAGGCUGAGUAAACUUCCAAAGUACUGGAAGCAGAUGGCUUGCUGUUCCUUCUUGGGCAAAAGCCAUUGCUUGGUUUGAUCCUUCACUGCAAGCGCGGCUCCCUUAUGUAAGAAAACCUCUUUGCAAUAUACAGUAUUCAGUUUGCUCUGCUGAAGGCUCCCACGGCGGCGGCAGACUCGGCGCUUCCCCAGGAGGACCUUCCGCAGGGCGCCAUGGAAGUCUACCGGAACCCCACCGAGGUGCAGAUGACUCAGAUGGUGCAGCCGUGCCACACCAACCACCGCGGGGAGCUCAGCACCGGGCAGCUGCUGAAGUGGAUCGACACGGCCGCCUGCCUUUCGGCUGAGAGGCAUGCAGGCCGCCCUUGCGUCACAGCGUCAGUGGAUGAUAUCUAUUUUGAGCACACAAUUAGGGUAGGGCAAGUUGUCAACAUCAAAGCUAAAGUGAACCGAGCAUUUAAUACUAGCAUGGAGGUUGGGGUGCAGGUCAGCUGCGAGGAUCUCUGCAGUGGUGAGCAAUGGAGUGUGUGCAAAGCAUACGCAACAUUUGUCACUGAACACAAACUAACUGCUAAGAUAAAGUUAAGGCCCCUGGAUCCUCAAACAGAAGAGGAGAAAACUGAAUACAGCGUUGCUGCUGAACGUCGCCGUAUGAGACUGGUGCACACAGAUACAAUAAAAGACCUGCUUACUAAGAGCCCUGAGCAGGCUGGUCCCGAGAACAGAGAAUGCAAUGUGACCAUACCUGCUGAAAAGACCAGAGUGGAAAGCGUGGAACUCAUUUUACCUCCACAUGCCAACCAUCAGGGAAAUACAUUUGGUGGGCAGAUUAUGGCGUGGAUGGAAAAUGUGGCCACAAUAUCGGCAAGCCGAUUGUGCAAUGCCUAUCCCACCCUGAAGACCAUUGAAAUGUUCCAGUUCAGGGGACCAUCCCAGGUUGGGGAUCGCCUUCUGUUCAAGGCCAUUGUUAACAAUGCAUUUAAGAACAGCAUGGAGGUUGGGGUGUGUGUCGAGGCCUAUCGACAUGAAAUGGAACUCAAACAAAGACAUAUAAAUAGUGCUUUCAUGAUUUUUGUGGUCUUGAAUGAAAAUCGUCAGCCCCGUAUACUUCCAGUGCUGAAGCCAGAACCAGGGGAUGGAGAAAGACGGUUUAAAGAAGCUAGCGCAAGGCAAAAAAUUAGACUAGACAGAAAAUACGUUAUUACCUGCAAAUAUACCGAAGUACCUUUAUCUGUGCCUUGGGACCAGAGUAACAAGGUUUAUCUGAGUUAUAACAACGUUACUGCACUGAAAACAUUGGUAGCUAAAGCCAACUGGGAACUUGCAUCUGAAAGAGAAAAGUUCAAGAUGUACAUUCUGGAGGAGGACACAUUUCUCUCUGUCCGAAUUGAGAUGACCAUCUGCUGUAAUGUACUGCAAGCUUUCUUGUUGCUGUCUGAUUUACGGAACAGACACGAGUGGGAUAGGCAUUGUGCGAGCUGUGAACUUGUCCAGCAAGUUGACAAAGAUGACAUGAUUUAUCAUGUAAUUAGUCAUACUAUCAGUGAGGAAAACAAGCCUAUGGACUUUGUUGUCCUGGUAUCACGAAGAAAACCUUGCAGCCCUGGAGACCCCUUUGUUUUAGCAUUCAGAUCAGUCACAUUGCCAACACAUCCUAUAAUGCCACAGUAUACCCGAGGGGAGACUCUAUGUUCUGGCUUCUGUUUUUGGCAGGAAACAGAUAAAUUUACCAAUGUGUCAUACUAUCAUCAGGCCACAUCAGGUCUGCUCUCCUAUAUCACAACAAACAUAGCUGGCCUGUCUUCAAGUUUCUAUCGCACAUUUCAAGAUUGUGAGCAAUUUCUCCUGAAGAACAAAGACAAAGUCCCCGUUGAGCUUCAGAAUCCUUAGCUGCACAAUCCUUUCUCCUUCUUUUUAAAAAACUGUCCCAUGAUGAACUUUGUUGCAAAUACUAUCGGAAAUUACUCCAUUGGGUAUGUGAAGAACAGUGGAGAAUUGGAAACAGACUUGUUCGGAUGCAUCAAUUUAUAUAGCCGGUCAUAGGAGAAAACCCAUUUAUGGUGGCCUCUGAGCUGAAUUAGAAUUUUCUAUCCAGGUUAAGUAAACUUUAGUAAUUAGAGUAUAAAGGAGCAAAAUAGGAAGAUUCUUCCGGGAUUUUGCAAGUCUUUACUUGCCUUCCAUUGGCUUCUGUUGAAGUCCUAUAUUUAUGAUGGUCAGAAAAAUCUGAUGAAGAAUAGAACUUCAAACUUGAUACUUUUUGGUGAGGGUCUUCUAUCACCAUUUUUGCCUUGUUCAGGACACUAGGAAUUAAAGCACAGAUUGCAAUUUUGUAUUAAAUUCAGCUUAAGCAAGCUGUAAAUGUGAAAUGUAUUUUAAAGUGCCUUUUAAUCAAGGGAAUAGGAUUCGAAAGAGUGAAAAGUCAUAGGAAGAAUUUUUUAACGGGAGAAUCUACAACAUAACAUUGGGGAUGGUGGUGGGUUAUCAUACGAUGAAAUAUGUAUGAAACUUCAAAGCACAUUGUACAAACACAGCAAAUUACCAAAAUCAUGUUACAUGUAAACAAAAAUUUUAAACAUUCUUUGUGCAUAGUUUCUCCUGAAUGUUAGGAAAUUACUGGUAUGUUUUAUCAACAUUUGAUUAUUUUGUCACAAAGGAAUUAUUCCUGUAUGAAAAUGUUUAUCAGAUUUAUCUUUGGUAUUUUGGAAGAAAUUUUCUUCUUUGAUGAGAGAAUACCUCUUUAUCUAUUUUGGUAGAUGGUUCUUUUCCCCUAAGGUUUUGCACAAAUUUUGUCAUGCAAGUUUCCCAAGCUUUUUAAAUGGCUUCUAUCGCUGUGGAAGAUUAUUGAAAUCAAUGACAAUAAAAGUUAUGUGAAAGGAAAAAGAA